AAUAAAGAAGACCAAAGUGUGUGAAGUCCGAAUCUCUCUGAUUCUACAAUUUCACAAAAACCGGAAAAAAAAGAAGUAAAUAAAGCUUUGUUCAGUUCACUUCAAUGGAAGAAAAGCCCUUAGCAUCAUCAUCAUCUCAACCAAACAUUAUUUCUCCAUCAUCAAGCUUUAAACCAAAAUUAAAAGAUCAAGAUUAUAUGGAACUGGUGUGUGAAAAUGGGCAGAUUCUUGCAAAGGGUCGAAGACUCAAGAACAACGGUUCUUUUCAAAAUCAACGUAGGCAAUCUCUCUUGGAUUUGUAUGAGACCGAGUACAAUGAGGGUUUCAAGAAAAACAUCAAGAAUCUUGGUGAUACACAAGUUGUUCCUGUGAAUGAGUCUCAGCCACAACAAGAUAAAGAAAACAACGAACAUAUGAAUAAGAAGAAGCUUAAGUCCUCCAAAAUCGAAUUUGAGAGAAAUGUUUCGAAAAGCAACAAACGUGUUGAAUCAUCAACAUUAAUUGAUGAUUCUUCUAAAGGUCCAAAGAAUGUUGAAGUUACUAGAACUCCUCCUGAUGAGCAAUCUGCAGCUGUUGGAAGAUCCACGGAAUUGUAUUUUGCUUCUUCAUCGAUGUUUUCUCGAGGAACUUCAAGAGAUCUAAGUUUUUGUUCUUUAAAGAGGAAGCAUGGAGACAUUGAAGAAGAAGAAUCAACCUAUUUAAGUAAUAAUUCCGAUGAUGAAUCAGAUGAUGCGAAGACACAAGUUCAUGCGAGAACAAGAAAGCCGGUGACUAAGAGAAAACGAAGCACAGAAGUCCAUAAGUUAUAUGAAAGAAAGCGAAGAGAUGAAUUCAACAAGAAAAUGCGUGCUUUGCAGGACAUACUACCAAACUGUUACAAGGAUGAUAAGGCAUCAUUGUUGGAUGAGGCUAUCAAAUAUAUGAGGACCCUUCAACAUCAAGUUCAGAUGAUGAGUAUGGGAAAUGGAUUAAUACGACCACCUAUGAUGUUGCCAAUGGGUCAUUACCCUCCCAUGGGUCUAGGAAUGCAUAUGGCUGCAGCAGCAACACCAACAUCGGUACCGCAAUUCCUACCUAUGAAUGUUCAAGGAACCAGUUUUCCCGGGAUCAACAAUGCAUCAUCACAAAUGCUAAGCUUUCUUAAUCACCCCACAGGACUAAUCCCAAACACUCCUAUCUUUUCUCCAUUGGAAAAUUGCUGUCAGCAAUUCGUGGUGCCUUCGUGUGUUCCUCAGACUCAGGCUACUUCUUUUACUCAAUUCCCAAAGUCUGCGUCCACCUCAAACUUAGAAGAUGCAAUGCAGUAUAGAGGAAGCAACGGAGAAACAUUUCUCUACUGGAAUGGAACAGAGCCGACGAUUUGCACCUCAGAUCCUCAACUAGCUAAACAAAUCUUGUCGAGCAAGUUAGGUUUUUCGGUUAGAUCAAAGAGGAGACCGGAGUUGCUCAUAUUUUUCGGUAAAGGAAUUUCCUUCUCUGAGGGUGCUGAUUGGGUUCGCCAUAGAAGAAUCUUGAACCCUGCAUUCUCCACUGACCGGCUUAAGGUCAUGACGAAAUCGAUGGUGGAUUGCACAUUGAGGAUAUUCGAGGAGUGGAGAAAACAGAACAAAUAUGAAGAAACAAAGCAAAAUGUGAUGGAGAUGGAGAUGAAGAAAGAGUUUUAUCGAUUAACCGCUGAUAUUAUAGCGACUACUGCGUUUGGAAGCAGUUACGCCGAAGGAAAUGAAAUCUUUAGAGCACAUGUAGAGCUUCGGAAUUGUUGUGUUACUUCUGCCACCAAAGUGUUCAUACCCGGAAAACAGUACCUUCCUACACCUUUGAAUCUUCGAAUAUGGAAGCUCGAUAGGAAAGUAAAGAACAUGAUCAGAAGAAUCAUUGAUACUAGGCUAAAAUCGAAGAAUUAUGGAGAUGAUGAUCUUCUAGGAAUCAUGUUAAACGCUGCAACGUCUGAAGAUCCCGAGAAAAAGUUGAGCAUAGAUGAGAUCAUAGAAGAAUGCAAGAAUUUCUUCAUAUCAGGACACGGAACUACUUCGAUUCUAUUGACAUGGACUACGAUGUUGCUUAGCUUACACCAAGAUUGGCAAGAGAAACUCAGAGAGGAGGUUUUUAAGGAAUGUGGUAAAGACAAGAUCCCAGAUUCAGACACUUUAUCCAAACUCAAACUGAUGAACAUGGUGUUAAUGGAGUCACUUCGUCUGUACGGACCCAUAAUUCAAAUGUCUCGAGUGGCAACACAAGAUAUGAAGGUAGGACACGUGGAGAUCCCCAAGGGAACGAGCAUAAUCUUCCCGUUGCUGAAGAUGCACAGCGACAGAGCCGUUUGGGGAGAUGACGCCAACAAAUUCAAUCCGCUGCGAUUUGCAAACGGCGUUUCUCAGGCCGCUAAUAACCCAAACGCUCUCCUCGCGUUCUCAAUCGGACCAAGAGCUUGCAUUGGCCAAAACUUUGCCAUGAUGGAAGUUAAGACUGUGCUCACUAUGAUUCUUCAACGGUUCCGGCUUAACCUCUCCCGCGAGUAUAAGCACGCUCCGAUGGAUUACAUCAGUCUCCAUCCACAAAGAUUCAAAAACCAAGGAAUCUCAGGCCCAAAGUACAGAAUCUUUCACGGAAACCUCAACGAGAUAAAGAAGAUGAAGAGAGAAUCUCAUCUUUCGACUCUUGAUCCCAGCUCCAAUGAUAUUUUCCCUCGUAUUCUUCCUCAUUAUCAACGAUGGAUGUCUCUAUACGGAGAGACAUUUCUUUACUGGAACGGAACAGAGCCAAGGAUAUGCAUCUCAGAUCCUGAACUUGCAAAAAAUAUCUUGUCGAACAAAUUAGGUUUCUUUGUCAAAUCAAAGAUAAGACCCGAGGCCGUUAAACUCGUCGGCUCCAAAGGACUUGUCUUUAUCGAAGGUGCUGAUUGGGUUCGCCAUAGAAGAAUCUUGAACCCUGCUUUCUCCAUCGAUAGGCUCAAGAUCAUGACUACCGUGAUGGUAUAUUGUACGCUCAAGAUGUUAGAGGAGUGGAGAAAAGAGAGGACUAAGGAAGAAACAGAGCAACCGAUGAUUAAAAAGGAAAUGCAUAGAGAGUUCCAAAGACUAACAGCAGAUAUAAUAGCGACCUCUGCGUUUGGAAGUAGUUACGUCGAAGGAAUCGAAGUGUUUAGAUCACAAAUGGAGCUUAAAAAGUGUUGUAUACCUUCUCUCAACAAAAUCUUUAUCCCUGGAACUCAGUAUCUUCCUACGCCUUCGAACUUUCGGAUAUGGAAGCUGGAGAGGAAAAUGGAUAAGUCCAUUAAGAGAAUUAUAAGGUCGAGACUAGAGUCACAAUCAGAUUAUGGAGACGAUCUUCUGGGAAUCUUGUUGAAAGCUUACAAAACUGAAGGGAACGAACCAAAGAUUAGCAUCGAAGAGAUCAUACAUGAAUGCAGGACUUUCUUCUUCGGAGGUCACGAAACUACUGCGAAUUUAUUGACAUGGACAACGAUGUUGCUGAGCUUGCACCAAGAUUGGCAGGAGAAACUCAGAGAAGAGAUAUUCAAAGAAUGUGGUAAACAAAAAAACCCAGAUUCAGAAACUUUCUCCAAACUCAAACUGAUGAACAUGGUGAUCAUGGAGUCGCUUAGACUUUACGGACCAGUGUCAGCUUUGUCCCGAGAAGCAUCAGUAAGUACAAAGCUAGGUGACCUAGAGAUUCCCAAGGGCACAACCGUCGUCAUCCCGCUUCUGAAGAUGCAUAGCGACAAGACCCUUUGGGGAUCCGACGCCGACAAAUUCAACCCAACGCGGUUUGCAAACGGCGUUUCCCGAGCCGCCAACCACCCAAACGCUCUCCUAGCGUUCUCCGUCGGACCAAGAGCUUGCAUUGGCCAAAACUUUGUCAUGAUCGAAGCCAAGACUGUGCUCACCAUGAUUCUUCAACGGUUUCGGUUUAUUAGCCUCUGUGACGAGUAUAAGCACACGCCGGUGGAUCACCUCACUAUUCAGCCUCAGUACGGCUUACCCGUAAUGCUUCAGCCUCUGGAAGACUGAAGUAAAAUGCCCAAAUUAAU